UGGCCCCCCGUAGGAUGCAACACCAGUUUCUGGUCAAGAAGCUCCCCGUCAGUGCUGGUCUCUUGCGAGCAUCUCACUCUCAACACCAUCAACUUUUAUUUUUUUUUCGGAGUAAUUUUCAAAACCAGAGAACACGAUGCUGCUAAAUCCUAGCUUGCCUCCUGCGUACAACUCUACCUUUGAAGGUCCGUAUGCUGCAGCAAGGACUGGAUUUGCCUCCGAGUCUCUGGCCGGAGUCGACCUGCCACCAGAACUGGUUGGAUUGGUUGACCAGCACUGGCUGAACUUCCCUCCAGCUUCUUCUUCCGACCACACCAUCCUCGGAAUCGUAUACGCCUUUAUCUUCAUCGCAGGCGUUUUUGGAAACGGAUGCGUUCUCUGGAUCUUCUGCACUACAAAGUCUCUGCGAACCUCUUCUAACCUGUUCGUGGCCAACCUGGCCGUGCUCGACUUGGUCAUGAUGGCGCAGCUACCUAUUUUUGUGGCCAAUUCCCUUUACCAGGGGCAGGUCAUGGGCAAGGUGGGCUGCCAACUUUUUGGAGCGCUUGGAGGAAUCGCUGGGUCAGGCGCCGCGGUCAACAACGUGGCCAUAGCGUACGACAGAUACAGGAGUAUCGCGUUCCCUCUUGACGGUCGCAUGUCAAUGAAAACCGCAUCUAUCUUUGUUCUGUUCAUCUGGAUAUGGACGAUGCCCUUCAACCUUUUGCCCACUUUUGAGAUCUGGAACCGAUUCACCCCUGAAGGCUAUCUGACCACCUGCUCUUUUGACUAUCUGACCAACUCGCAGGACGUCCGGGUGUUUGUCAUGUGCAUCUUUGUCUACUGCUACGUGAUCCCCGUUUCCCUGCUUGUACUGUUCUACUCCAAGAUCUUGGGACACGUCAAGGAGCACCAGAAGGCCAUGGCCGAGCAGGCAAAGAAGAUGGGAGUUAAGUCUUUGGCCCAAGGCGGACAGGACGACAAGGCUGCUGAAAUCAGGAUUGCCAAAAUUGCGUGCGGAAUCUUCUUCCUGUUCCUCAGCGCCUGGACCCCGUACGCAACCGUGGCACUGAUGGGCGCCUUCCACCCCAACAGGGCUAUUCUGACCCCUUUCGCUUCCAUGGUGCCGGCCGUUUUCGCCAAGACAAUCGCCUGCGUUGACCCUUGGGUCUACGCCAUCAGCCACCCUAAGUUCAGGGAGCAGAUGCACAAGCGUCUGCCCUGGUUGAUAUCGCAGGACAAGAGCAAGGGUUCGGACACGACCAGCCUAGCCUCCAACGUCACAACCGCUGCUGAGGAAAAGGCUUAGAUUCCAGUUGUAUUAUCUCCGCCAAAAUGAAUGGAAGCCCAAAAUGACGACUGCUAUUACAAUGGACACCGAGAAGAAAGAAAGUCUUACCGCUACCUGAAUCACUGUAGACAACCAGAAGUCCAAAUUUGCAUUUUAUUAGAUUAUGUGUAAUAAUAACCUCGCAUUUCAUCCAAAUAUAUGAAUACUCUAGCGAAAUUCCUAUCAAGCAAAAAUCUCCGUAUCUUA